UACUACUUUAACGUCAUCAAACACGACAUGCGCAGAACGCGUUGUAAAUGUAAAAUAUGGGAUAGCCCCAUUGAGUCUUAUAGAACUUAAUUGAUAGCCCUAUAUCAAAAUUUUGUCUUUUGAGGCAAGGAAGACGUAUGAAAUGGCUUGUCGUCCUAAUGUUUACGAAAGUGGAUAUGAAGAAUCGAGAUUUAAUACUGUUGUUGAUGAAAAUUUUUACUGUUCCAUUUGUCUGAAUGUCAUGAAAGAUGCCAGAAUGUGCCAUAAUCAACACAAUUUUUGUCGUAAAUGUAUUGAAGAGCAUAUACGAGUUAAUGCCCAAAGAUGUCCUCAAUGUCAAGAUGAUUUAACUGUAGCUUCGCUUCAUCCAGCGCGUGUUAUAAAUAAAAUGAUUUCAAAGUUAAAGAUCAACUGCGACUACGCCAGUCGUGGUUGUCAUGAAUUUAUAAAUGUCGAAGAUCUUGAAAGACAUGUUGAAAAUUGUGGCUUUGCUCCAGUGUUGUGUUCUAAUGAAGGUUGUGGUCUGGAAAUAAACAAACGAGACAAGAUUAAACAUGAAACUGAAUUAUGUGAAUACAGAAAGAUUGCUUCUCACGACUUUCGAGAGAUUAGCGAAAUGUUUCAACGAAGUUUUGAAGACAAAAUGGAAAUGGAAAUGCAAAUGAGCAACUUAAGCAGGAAAAUAGACGAAAAAUUUAUUGAAGUAAAAGAAUCAGUGAAACCAUUUACACCUCAGUGUACAAAAAUACAGAAAGAAAUAAAAGAUGUUCAACAAAAUCUUUCUACAGUGACCCAAGAAAUUAUGGAAUCAAGGAAAGAAAUAAAAGAUGUUCAACAAAAUCUUUCUGCAAUGAAUAUAAUUGAACCACUUGUUCAAACAUUGACAUCAUCAAUUGAAAUGGUGAUGAACUCUGUAAAAUGUGAUAUUUUCAUUGCUGGAGGUCACUCACGGGGUUCCUCAAAGAGUGUUGAAAUAUUUUCAUGGAAGGAGAAGAAAUGGUUUAACAUUGCAUCAAUGGAAAAUGAACACAGGUGGGCUUCAUCAUUUAUUUAUAAUGAUAAUUUAUUUGUUGUUGGAGGAUAUCGCUGUAAGUCAAUGGAGACAUUGAAUAUAAAACAGUCACCUUUGACAUGGAAGACAUUUCCUGCAGAGCUUCCUUAUGGAUGUCAAGGUCAUCAAACUGUUGUUUGUAAACAACAAAUCUUUCACAUUGGAGGAGACAUUCAUGGUAAAGGAACAUCAGAUUUGAUCAGUGAACUAAACAUCACUGGUACAACAUCUUAUGUUUUCAAAGAGUUGUGUCAUAUGCCUGAACCAUGUUUGUGCCAUGGAGCUGUUGUUGUUGAUGAUAAAGUUCUUAUUUUUGGAGGAUGGGGAAAAAAUAGCAAAGUUUUGUCCAGUGUUUUGGAAUUUGAUCCAAGGACUCUUACAUUUAAGGAAAUGCCUCCAUUACCUCAUCCAUUGACUGAGAUGGCAACAGUUCAAUGGAGAGAUCAAGUUGUUCUUCUUGGAGGUGAUGAUGAUAAAAGAGAAAGUUUGAACAGUGUUAUCAUGUAUGACAUCAAAACAGGUAAAAUUACAGUCUUACCAUCCAUGUUGGAAAAGAGAUCUCAGUGUUGUGCAGUUAUAACUGGUGAUACAAUUGUUGUCAUGGGAGGUAGAAAUGAUAAAUGGGAAGAACUUAAUUCAGUAGAGUGUUUUAAAAUGGGAAAUAGUUCUUCAUGGACAUAUUUUCCUUCAAUGAACAAGCCACGAUAUGGGUCCAUGGCCAAAGUUGUACCUUUUGGACAAAAGUAUGUAUAA